UGUGUCUCCGUAUUAAGAGACGUUCACGGCGCUCCGACAUGAUGCAACCCCUAAACAAGUUAAGUUAGUUGCUGACACUCGUAGUCUUAUUGAUUUAAGUAUAAGUAACCAGUUCAGUUUUCUGUUUGCGUUGUGAGGGGGAGUUUAAACGGACUUUGAAUUUAACGAAGUUAAAAAAACAAAAAGACAACACUGUUCCGGCUACUCCUCGAUCAACAGCAGCCCUCCUGUAGUGACUUUUGAAAUAAUGCUGCGUGGUGCAUUCGAGAACUAGACGCCCAAAAUGAAUCCACGCACUCUGUCACUGAGAGCCCUGCUGUUUCUGGGGCUCUGGCACGCCGGGAGGAGAAGUCUAGCCUCAGCCCCAGAGCUGAAAGAGCAGCCCAAAAAGAUAGCUGUGGUCGGAGCAGGCAUUGGAGGCACAUCUGCAGCGUUUUACCUGAGGCAGGAGUUUGGAGCCGCAGUGAAGAUCGAUGUGUUUGAACCAGGCAGUGUUGGCGGGCGACUUGCAACAGUGAAGAUCGGAGAUUACGAGUAUGAGACGGGAGGCUCAGUGAUCCAUCCUCUGAACCUACACAUGAAGCAAUUCAUUGAGAAAUUAGGUAUUCCUGCGAGGACAGAUGUCCCCUCUAAAAUGGCAAUCUUUGAUGGAAAGGAGCUCACGUUUGAAGAGAGCGACUGGUUUAUAGUCAAUUUCUUGCGCAUGCUCUGGCGAUUUGGGUUCAGCUUCCUCAGAAUGCACAUGUGGGUGGAGAGUGUUUUGGACAAAUUUAUGAGGAUCUACCAGUAUCAGCAGUUUGGUUACUCAUUCUCCAGCGUGGAUAGGCUCCUUCAUGCCAUGGGCGGCGAUAGUUUUCUCACCCUGCUGAAUCAGACCCUGGAGGAAACAAUGAGGGCCGAAGGAUUUUCCCAAGUCUUUCUCAACGAUAUUGUCGCUCCCAUAACUCGUGUCAACUACGGUCAAAGUGUCCGCCUCAAUGGUUUCGUGGGGGCGGUGUCAUUGGCAGGAGCAGAUCCAGGCUUGUGGGCAGUGGAUGGAGGCAAUAAGAGAGUGUGCUCAGGACUGCUGUACCAAAGCAAAAGUGAGCUCAUCACUGCCAAAGUGACCUCCAUUUCAGUCAAAGCUCGACCAUCCAAGACAGGCGCCACAACCAGUUUCUAUGAGGUUAGUUAUGUCGGAGAAUCGGGCUCAGCUCACUCUCUGUAUGACAUCGUGGUAAUAGCAACGCCGCUUCACCAGGGAAAGUCUGACAUCGCCUUCUCAGGCUUCUCCCCCCCAAUCCCGUCUCACUACCCCGGACGUUACCACCAGACUGUCUCCACUCUGGUCCACGGCAUGCUGAACAUGUCCUACUUGGGGACCACAGAGCCAGCCUCGGAGUUUACCGUGUCUGACAUCCUCACCACGGACUCAAAGGACUCCGUCAUAAACAGCCUGAGCUCUAUUGACCCCGUGCAAAUCCCUCAGGGUUACAAACGACCCCCCGCCAGCCAGACCAAAGUCUGGAAGGUGUUCUCCCCACAGUCGCUGACCCAGGAGCAGCUGCGGGACAUGUUCCUCUCCUGGGAUUCAGUGUCGGAGACCAAGUGGCUGGCUUAUCCUUCUUACAGCCCGCCGCAGCGCAAGACACCUCCCUUCAUCCUGCACAACAGGCUGUACUACCUCAACGCUGUGGAGUGGGCGGCUAGUGCCAUGGAGAUGAGCGCCAUCUCUGCCAGGAACGUGGCCCUGCUGGCACACCACCGCUGGCACGAACAGGUCGGCAGGAUCGACCAGGAAGACCUGCACACCCGACUGAGAGGGGAACUCUAAAGAGAGAAAACUAAAAGCAUUACAAUACAAUCAACCAGGCACAAGAUUAAGCCACACAGAUACUCAUGGACAAGCAUGGUGCACUACAACAACACUCCUAUCAGGGCAAAUCCAAACUCUUAUUCAGGUAUCUGGGGUGCUCUUACCACUUUAAACUCAACACAAUUACGGUUUAUUACAACUUAUUGUUGUAGUGUUGGUCAUCAUUUAUAUCUUUACUCAGCAAAGUAAUCACUGCAAUCUGGGAAAAACAGAUGCAAUGAGGUCUGAUCAGGCAAAAAACAGUCAGUAGUCAAACAAACAGAGAGUUGUACACAAGUUAUCAGUUCAACCAGAUAAUUUAAACUGCUGUAUUUGGAGGUAAAGCCAUAAAUAAGCCCUCAAUACACAGUUUGCCUGUGCAAACAAAACCACUUCAAACCACCAUAAAGUAUUUUUGUAAACUAAUGGUACUGUUUGUCUUCUCUUCCAAAUAAGACCAGCUAACCUGGGGGGGGGGGGUUGUUUAAAGCCUGUCUGCCUGUUUGGCUACCGGUCUCUUGCCUUGUCUCACUUCUAUUUUAGCAUUAUCUCUGCUUUCCCAGAUCUCAUCAGUUAAGUAAAAUGUUAUUAUUGCAAAUAGAACUGUUGACCAAAAACUAAGAAACAGCCAGAGUUCAUCAUUCACCAGAAACAAUAGAACAAAUUCCACUUAAAGUCGGGUCAAUAUUGUACUGUGCUGCAUUUUGUAAUCACUUUGAACCACGCUGAACUCCAGGGUAGACACAUUUUAAGUGUUCCUCUUUACGUGCACAGAUGCUGUUAUGAACAAGGUCUAGCUUACAUCUAGCAAAUCAGCUUGUUGGUGCCACUUUAGCCAAGAUGUCCUUUGAUUGAUGGAUUACAUGUCUUCUGAUGACUUCUCAGUCUCUCUACCUAAUCAGGAGACUGCAUGUUGUUAGUGAGUACAGGCAGCUGUGAGCAACAGACCUGUUAACAAGUCUGUGUUUUUUCCUACUAUUAUAUUGUACUGAUAAUGUUUACAUUUUUUAUUGGACAGUCUAAUUUCACUGAAGAACUGAAGGAAUUCAAAUUGUUAAAACUAUGAUGGUGCCUUAAAGAAAUCAGAGUAAUUGGCUUACGUCUUUAAUAAGUGAUAAAUAUCCCUAUUAUUUAAGAAAUAAUUUGAGUUUUUAUGUGUCGUUUUAAAUUGAGGCAAAAUUACCAUCAGAGUCAGGCCACAAGGACCAGACUAGAGUAUGAUUAAUUUCAUAGUGUUGUACGAAUGGAGUAUUAUUUCUUGAAAGUGUCUUAAAAACUCACUGUAUUUAAAUCAGUUUAAUGUUUUUUAGCAACUUUGGGAAGAAAAUUGUAGUUUGCUAACUGUUUCUUAAGCAUUUUGAAAGGUGUAUUUUUCUAGAUUUUGAAAGAAGUUUUCUGUUUGUGAUUAUAUGUCAAGAAACACUGUAACAAAAAUGUUAAUUAAUAGCUCUGUUUAUUUGACAGAAAAGUUUCACUUUUACACUUAAUUCUUUUGGCAAAUGCCAGAAAAACUGUCUACUUCUGCACAAAUAAAAUGAUGCCUUUAAUUACCAAUAUAAAGGUUUGAUUUCAGAUUGAAUCAGAUUUUAAACAACACUUCAAAACCUUCCAGUCCUAACAGUAUGUUGUGGAAGUGUUUACGAUCGCAAUAAAGGAA